UUAGCAGCAACAUACAAGCCGGCCAUAUUAGAGAGAUGGAAAUAAAGCUUCCUUAAUGUUGUAUGUGUCUUUGAAGUACCUCUGUGCAUUUUUUUUUUAGCAUCUAACCAUUCCUCCCUUGUAGCCCUCGGCCCCUCAAAUCACCCUCUCCCUUAUCCCACCCGACUAACAUCUCAGUCUCUGAAAAUGCACAGAGAUGCCUGGCUACCUCGCCCUGCCUUCAGUCUCACGGGGCUCAGUCUCUUUUUCUCUUUGGUGCCGCCGGGGCGGACCAUGGAGGUCACAGUACCUACCACACUCAACGUCCUCAAUGGCUCUGAUGCCCGUCUGCCCUGUACAUUCAACUCCUGCUACACAGUGAACCACAAACAGUUCUCCCUGAACUGGACCUACCAGGAGUGUAGUAACUGCUCUGAGGAGAUGUUCCUCCAGUUCCGCAUGAAGAUCAUCAACCUGAAGCUGGAGCGGUUCCGAGACCGCGUGGAGUUCUCGGGGAACCCCAGCAAGUAUGACGUGUCAGUGACACUGAGAAACGUGCAGCUCGAGGAUGCGGGCACCUACAACUGCUACAUCAUGAACCCGCCCGACCGCCACCGCGGCCACGGAAAGAUCUACCUGCAGGUCCUCAUGGAAGAGCCCCCUGAGCGGGACUCCACAGUGGCCGUGAUCGUGGGCGCCUCCGUGGGCGGCUUCCUGGCGGUGGUCAUCUUGGUGCUGAUGGUAGUAAAGUGUGUGAGGAGGAAAAAAGAGCAGAAACUGAGCACGGAUGACCUGAAGACGGAGGAGGAGGGCAAGACAGACGGAGAGGGCAACGCGGACGACGGCCCCAAGUAACUCGGCCCCGCAGCCCCUCCCUCGCGUCCUGUCUUCCUCCCACCCUCCACCCUGCACACUGUGCCCCCGCCUGCCCUCUCUUGGUGUGCUUCUCUUGAACCAGGGUCCCAGGGCCCACCUGGGGCCUCCCGAACCCCUCACUUCGUACCCCUACCCUGCACCAAGAGUGACUCACCUCUCUUUCAUUUGGGAAACCUGCCAUGGCACGUGGGACGUGUGGGCCCUGGGGAGGGAGAAGUGGGCUCAAACUGCCUGUCCCUGAGAGGAGGCAGAAGGCCUGAGCGAGGGUCCCAGAGAGGGGGGGAUGAGGGGGAGGUCAGCGGCCCAGCCUGCCUCGUUUGUGGACUGGUCUGGUGGGCCUCAGGGAAGAUCCGCAGAUGGCUGAGGGGCUCUCCGGGGCUGCCUCAAGAGAGCCUGGACUGUGGCGUGGCUCUGCUCCCUGAACUGCUCCAGGCCAGGCAGCCCUGUCAGGCUGGGGGCUGCUGAAGGGUUCCUGUCACUUGGGUGGGUGGGGAGGCAUGUUGAAGGGAUGACUGCAUUUCUUGGGCACUGAGGGGAAGCCUUGGCCCAAGGACCUGUGCUCUUACCCCCUCUCCUUCGACAGCUGUUACCACAGGAGCCGGGGGGGGGGUUCUGAUGGCGGCACAU